AUGCCGCCUUCACAAAAGGUCGUGUGUGUAAAGCAAGUGAAACAAGAGACGGCGGAGGAGUGGGACGAGACGAUGCCCCUGCCCGGAGAUAUCAUUGAGGGCGUGGGCGAGGACAGCGCGGACGAGUCUUUUGUCUCGGCUAAGGCACGGGCUGACCUCAACUCUCACCUAGGGAGGAUCCAUCGCGUGGCCGGGGAGGUGUGGCUGAAGGUGAGGAGAGGGGAGGGGACGAUCAAGCUUAGAGUGUGCGUCGUGCCAAUUGUGAACGGGAAGCUUCAGAAGAAGUUCACCGUUAGGGCCGCCUCCGACGAGAGGCACGUGGCCGUGCUCGCCGAGAUGACGUUCCAAGAGUGCUUUGAUUUGCAAGAGAUGAGUAGGCGAGUUGUGAAUCUAGACUUCAAGGGUUUCCACCGGAAAGGGAUCAAAUACGAUUGGAAGCAAAAGGUGGGCUCGUGUUUGCCCGACCGGCGGUCCACGGUGGUGAGCUCGAUUCUCUUCAUGCCUUUGUCGAGAGAGCGGGGUAUGGAGGCGCCUACCGUUAGAGCGAUGGCUUGGUUUUCGGCUGCAAUUUCCUCUGGGAUUCCUCUGGUCUUCACCAACAUUCAAACGGAACAAAUCAUCACAUCAGAGACGAGCCAUACAACAAGCAGGCUACAAUGCACAAACAUGACUACUUUAAACGUCGUGCAAGGCAUAAGGCUCUGGUUUCUGCCCGGGCUCGCUGAAGUCCCAAUCGAACUAUUCCCACAACCGGGAGAGUUUCGAUUUGGGAUGGACAUCAAGCGUACCGAAGAGGGCUUCAUCUGCGUGAACUCGGUGACCCAAGGGACAGCUGCAGAGCGGGCAGGCCUGGGGCAACUGUUCCAUCAGGCAAACAGAACGCGCCACCUGCUCGUGAUCUCGAGGCUCAAGGGGAAGAGCUUGAUGCCGUCGACAGUCGACUCGGACGGCUUGAUUCAGUGCUGUGAUAAUGCUGAUAUUAGGCGUGAAUUAAUUUUUGCUAUGGAGAAAGCAGACGGCAUUCAGCUGCAUCUGAUGUCGUGGCCGAAUGACACUGUUGUUUCGUCGCCGGCUUCAGCAGUUGCAGCUCUUAGGCUGCCGGAAAGCUACUGAUUUUCUGUAAAAUGUUUAGAAUGAAAUGGGAAUAAGCAGAGAU